CCCGCGGUAUCCUAGCAACCGCUGGGCUUCGGGAUAAUGUGGGGGCACCGAGCUGAGAGACCCGGGGCGGGCUAAGCCUGGGGGAGAACGGGUCCCAGGACCCGGGUGAGGGUUCCGCACCUGGCCUUCAGUAGUGGUCAAGACGCAGGCACCCACGCCAAAAGCGAGCAAAGCCGGGCUCCGCCCGAGGCCCCCAGGACCUCUAUCUCCCAAUGCCGGAGGUUCCCUCCCAGGAAUCCGCCACGUGACAGCCGGACCGCCCUCUCAGACUAGAGGAGCUCUGUUAGCGCCAUGGCCCCCAAGAAGCCGCUCUGCCUACCCGCCCUGCUGUUGCCACUUCUGACGCUGCUGCUGCCCCAGGCAGGCACUCGGUCGUUCGUAGUGGACCGGGAAAAUGACAGAUUCCUCCUAGAUGGGGCCCCGUUCCGCUACGUGUCUGGCAGCCUGCACUACUUUCGGGUACCACGGGUGCUUUGGGCAGACCGGCUUUUCAAGAUGCGAAUGAGUGGCCUCAACGCUGUACAGUUUUAUGUGCCCUGGAACUACCAUGAGCCCCAGCCUGGCGUCUAUAACUUUAAUGGCAGCCGGGACCUCUUUGCAUUCCUGAAUGAGGCGUCUUUAGCGAACCUGUUGGUCAUACUGAGACCAGGACCUUACAUCUGUGCAGAGUGGGACAUGGGGGGCCUUCCAGCCUGGCUGCUUCAAAAACCUGACAUACAUCUGAGAACCUCAGAUCCAGCCUUUCUUGCCGCAGUGGACUCCUGGUUCAAGGUCUUGCUGCCCAAGUUAUAUCCAUGGCUCUACCAUAAUGGGGGCAACAUCAUUAGCAUUCAGGUGGAGAAUGAAUACGGUAGCUACAGGGCCUGUGACUUCAGCUACAUGCGGCACCUGGCUGGGCUCUUCCGUGCGCUGCUGGGAGACAGAAUCCUCCUCUUCACCACAGAUGGGCCUGAAGGACUCAAAUGUGGCUCCCUCCAGGGACUCUACACCACUGUGGAUUUCGGCCCAGCUGACAACAUGACCAAAAUCUUUGGCCUACUGCGGGUGUAUGAGCCCCAUGGGCCGCUGGUGAACUCCGAGUAUUACACAGGCUGGCUGGAUUACUGGGGCCAGAACCACUCCACACGGUCCGUUUUGGCUGUGACCAAAGGCCUAGAAAGCAUGCUGAAGCUGGGAGCCAGUGUGAACAUGUACAUGUUCCACGGAGGCACCAACUUUGGAUACUGGAAUGGUGCUGAUGAGAAGGGACGCUUUCUUCCAAUUACUACCAGCUAUGACUACGAUGCACCAAUAUCUGAAGCAGGGGACCCCACACCUAAGCUUUUUGCUCUUCGAAACGUCAUCAGUGAGUUCCAGGAAAUUCCCCUGGGACCUUUACCUCCCCCCAGCCCCAAGAUGACGCUUGGACCUUUGACCCUGCAACUGGAUGGGGAUUUGCUGGCUUUCCUAGACUUCCUGUGUCCCCAAGGGCCCAUCAGUUCAAUCUUGCCAAUGUCCUUUGAGGCUGUCAAACAGGACCGUGGCUUUGUGCUAUACCGGACCUAUCUGACCUAUACUGUGUCUGAGCCAACACAGUUCUGGGUGCCUAACAAUGGAGUCCAUGACCGCGCCUAUGUGAUGGUAGAUGGGGUGUUUCAGGGUGUUCUGGAACGAAACAUGAAACACCAACUAUUUUUGAUGGGGAAAGUAGGGGCCAAACUAGACAUCUUACUGGAGAACAUGGGGAGGCUCAGUUUCGGGUCUAACAGCAGUGACUUCAAGGGCCUAUUAGAGCCACCAGUUCUGGGGCAAACGGUCCUCAGCCGGUGGCUGAUGUUCCCUCUGAAAAUUGAUAAGCUUGUAAAGCGGUGGUUUCCCCUCCAGCUGAAGAAAAGGUCACAUCCUCAAGUUCCCUCUGGCCCCACCUUCUACUCCACAAAGUUUCCAAUUUUAGGAGAAGGCGGGGACACUUUUCUCUCUCUACCUGGAUGGACCAAGGGCCAAGUCUGGAUCAAUGGGUUUAACCUGGGCCGGUACUGGACAAAGCGGGGGCCCCAAGAGACUCUCUACGUGCCAAGACCCCUGCUGUUUUCUAGGGGAGCCCUCAACAAAAUCACACUGCUAGAGCUAGAAAACGUGCCACCUCAGCCCCAAGUCCAGUUUCUGGAUAGGCCCAUCCUAAACAGCACCCUGCAUAAGACAUACAUCUACUCCCUCUCAGCUGAUACACAAGGUGCCCCUGAACCAAUGGAGUUAAGCGGGCACUGAGAGAAAGGUAACCCUCGGACCUGGGACACGGAGUGGGCAGGAUUCCUUGGUGCUGGCCACGAUGACCUCAAGGAACCAAAGGCCACAAGGCCCAAAUGCUAGUCCAAGUGCAGUUUCCUUGCCAAACUUUAUUGUGAUUAAAAUUCCAGAGACUGUCCCAGCUCCACA